AUGGGCCUCAACCUGCUCCUGCUGCUGCUCCUGGGACUAGCAGGUCAGGGCUCAGUUGGCAGCCUCCCAGAGGUGCUGCAGGCACCCGUGGGGGGCUCCAUUCUGGUGCAGUGCCACUACCGCCUCCAGGAUAUCAAGGCUCAGAAGGUGUGGUGCCGGUUCUCUCUGGAGGGGUGUCAGCCUCUGGUGUCCUCAGCUGUGGAUCGCAGAGCCCCAGGGGGCAGGCGCAUAUUUCUCACGGACCUGGGUGGGGGCUUGCUGCAGGUGGAAAUGGUCACCCUGCAGCAGGAGGAUGCUGGGGAGUACGGCUGUGUGGUGGAGGGAGCCGGGGGGCCCCAGACUCUGCACAGAGUCUCACUGGAAGUGAUCACCCCAGAGGAGAAGGAGGCAGAAGAGACCUAUAAAGUCGGAAGUCUGUCUGAGGAUCCCUCCUCAGACCCUGUGGGCAGUGCCAGCCCUUUGGAACCCAGACAGGAUGAGAAGAGUGUCCCCUGGAUCUGGGGUGCUGUGCUCCUGCUGGGCCUGCUGGUGGCAGCGGUGGUGCUGUUUGCCGUGAUGGCUAAAAGGAAAGGAAAUAGGCGUGGUGUCUGUGGCCAAUCCCAGAGCAGCAGAGUUUCAGGCACGGUCCCUUCUUCAGCAGUCUGCCAUAUCAGUGACUCUGGACUGGCUGCUGAAUUGCCUUCGGACAUACCAUAUGUCAGGCUCGACUCGCCACCUUCUUUUGACAAUACCACCUAUAGCAGCCUACCUCUUGAUCCUCCAUCAGGGAAACCUUCACCCCCAGCCCCAUCCUCAUUGCCUCCUCUGCCUCCUAAGGCCCGGAUUUGCCACAAGCCUGUGACAUAUGCCACAGUCAUCUUCCCAGGAGGGGACAAGGGUGGAGGGGUUCCCUGUGAGCCAGUUCAGGAUCCACCUGGUAGUCAAACUCCACCCAGUUAA